AUGGAAUAUAUUAAAACAUGGGAUGAAAUAUACACUAUUGAUUCAGAGGAAGAAAGCUCAAUAAAUAUAUUAUUCUCAGAAAUCGAGGAUAACUUGAUUAAUACUGGAUAUUUUACAGCACAACAGUUAAUUAAAAAGAUAAAAGAGGUUAGUGAAACACGUUUACGUUAUCGUCAUGCGUAUAUAGCGAUUAUGGAGAAAUUGGCUGCAGAAUAUCAUUGCGAAAACUGUUUGAAUAUCUCAUUCCUUUCAAAAUACGACAACAUCAUUAAAAAUACCUAUAAAGAGGCAAUAUUAAAUGAUGACGAUAAUGCAUUAUCACAAUUUUUGAAAAGUGAAAAACUUAAUCUUAUUGAAUUACUUGAAAAUUGUUGUUUAAAUGGAGCAGAAAAUUGUUUCAAAUUAUUAAGAAAAAAUUUUAAAGUGAAAAUCACCAAAAAAUGUCUUAAAGAUUCAUUUAUUUGGAACAAUAAAUAUAUUAUACAAGAAUGUUUGAAGGUACAAAAACCUGACGUAUCUACAUUUGAAGCUGGUAUCAGAUCUCAUGACAUGGAAAAUUACUAUGAUUUGUUAUCUAAUAACUUGGCGGAAUAUUUCAAUCUCAACCCAGCAUCAAUAGAAUUCUGUUGCAAACAUCUAAAUCUUCAAUUAUUUAUUUUGACUUGGGUUUAG